GUAGUUUUGGGGGUUCUUUUUUGUGUGUGUUAACCAACUGGAAUGCCUCACAGUUCUGAUUAGAGACAUUUAUGACAGGUUUAUAUACAAUUUUACAUUGCUACUUUAUUUUUUCUAGGAUAAAUGGGUGUGUAUGUCUUUUCCCCUGAUCUAAAGCGGUUCCAUGUCUUGUUUGGACUGUUCCUGUAUUCUACGUACACCAGUUGAAUCAAUCAGACCAGAAGAGCUAUCUGAGAGCAGCAUCCAUGAAUGCCUGGCUGAUUCUGAUCUAGCCUGGAUUCCCCCAUCUACAGGAAGGAAUGAAAUGUUAUUUUGCUCUUCUAAUGUCUCUCACUAUGAACUCCAGCUGCAAAUAGGAAGGAGGUUCAACAACUUAACUUCAAUCUACCUUGCACGGCAUACGCCUACAGGCAUGCAAGUUGCUGUAAGGAUCACAGACCUAGAAAAUUGUUCUGAAGAGCAUUUGAAAGCCUUACAGAAUGAAGUGGUUUUAUCCCACUUUUUCCAGCAUCCCAAUGUAAUGACGCUUUGGACAGUAUUUACAGCUGGUAGUUGGCUUUGGGUCAUCUCCCCAUUCAUGGCCUAUGGUUCAGCUAGACACCUCCUGAAGACUUAUUUUCCUGAAGGAAUGAGUGAAGCUUUGAUAGGGAACAUUCUAUUUGGUGCAAUCAGAGGGUUAAAUUACAUGCACCAGAAUGGCUACAUUCACAGGAAUAUUAAAGCUAGCCACAUUCUGAUUUCAGGGGAUGGGCUGGUUUCUCUCUCUGGGUUAAACAACCUCUACAGUUUAGUCAACAAUGGACAAAAGUCAAAGGUGGUAUAUGAUUUCCCCCAGUUUAGUACAUCUGUGCUUCCUUGGCUGAGUCCUGAAUUACUGAGACAGGAUUUAUCUGGGUAUAACAUGAAGUCUGACAUUUACAGUGUAGGAAUUACAGCAUGUGAAUUAGCCAAUGGACAUGUUCCAUUUCAAGAUAUGCCUCGCACUCAGAUGCUGCUGCAAAAGCUGAAAGGUCCCACAUACUGUCCUUGGGAUAUAAAUACAUUUCCCCGUGGGGAAUCCAGGAUAAAGAAUUCCCGGUCAGGUGUUGAUUCUGGAAUUGGUGAGAGCAUGACACGCACAAUGACCAGUGAAAGACUACAAAUUCCCUUUUCCAAAACAUUUUCACCUGCUUUCCACAACUUGGUAGAACUCUGCUUGCAACAGGAUCCUGAGAAAAGGCCAUCAGCAAGCAGUUUGCUUUCGCAUACGUUCUUCAGACAGAUAAAAGAACAAACACAGAAUUCACUACUGUCUCUAUUACCACCUCCUAUUCAAAAUAACAGAUCAGAGUUCUUGGCACUGCCCUCAACAACAGUUGGGACUGAACUUGGACAUAUUACUGCAAAUCAAGAUGAUACAGACUGGGAAUUCUAAAUAAAUACCAAACAAUCAUACCUCUCCUGUGCUUCAGAGAAGGAAAAUGUGAUUUUUAUUUGCUGCUUUAGUUUGUAUGGUUAAGAUAGAGUAAGAUGAGAUAUACUUGAAAAUGCCAUUGAAGUGGCCCUAUUUCAUUAACUAUUUUGUUGGCAUAAUGAAAUGCAGCGUGCCUCCCUUUCUGACCAUAAGAAAAACUAUAUGUAGAGAAUAGCUAAAUGCUUAUCUACCUUUCAGAAUAUUUCUUAAGAGAAUUCCUGCUGUAAUCUUACUGGGUGCUGUAUUUUCAGCUCAUAUUGCUGCAUUCCAUGUGCCUUUCUGAAUUCAGGCUUGGGUUUUGCCUGUGAUCUUGCUUAAACAAUCUGUCUUUUCAUUAUCACCCAAAUUAUUUUAGUUAGGAGAAAUCUUCCACUUCCAAGUCUAAAUUUGAAACUGCACAAAUUAGUUGUUUAUGCAGAUAAAAUGUUUCUCUUUUCAUACAUCCAAAAGGUAUUUUUCUCAUUUGAUGUACUGUCAUACUUGCUAAAAGUUACCUAUGCAUAAUAUUUCAUGCAGUUUUAAUACUGUGUGUUUCCCAAAGAAGUUAAGGUACUUUGAAAUGUGACUCAUACUCUUGCAUUUGCCUACAUUCUUAGUACAAAUUUGCAGGUUUGCAUCUCCGUUUAUUGUUGUGUCAUUUUAGCAGUUAAUCUGAGGAUCUCUUACUAUGCAAUAAAAGUCUCAAGUUAUAACAGUACGGGUUAAGUUUGAAGAACCACAUUAAAAAUUCUAAAAGUUAUUGUACAUAUUUUUAUUUAUACUGUAUUCCUGUUCACCAGGACUUACCAGAACCUAGUACUGUUUUCUUAAAAGAACAGGCAACAUGUAUUAAGCUUCAUUGCAGUGCUGCUGGCAGGCAAGAGCUUAAAUUCCCAUGGAUAGAUUCACCCAUAACAAAAAACUAAUAAACCUCCUUAGGAUCCUAGUGAACUUACUUACCUGUUUUAAGUCAGAUGAAAAACUGUCUUUCUCCCUACAAUUCAGUAAGUUGUGAUCUCUCAUAUUGGACCAGGCAAUUCAAGCUGUGUUUUAGCAAGUUGGGUCCCAAAGCCACUAGUAUUUUACUGAUACAAGUUAUGUCUGUAGAAAAAAAAAGUAUAAAUAGCUAUCAAAUGUCUGUAUUGUAUAUUUUCAACAUAAACAGCAUUUAAUAUUAAGUCUUCCAUAGCUGAGCCAGUCUGCAACAGGCCUUGAGAAUACUGCUGUUUUGUCAGGAGCUUUACUACAAAGCCUUGAAGACCAAAUGACUGAAAUACAAGUCUGAGACUGACAUAAAAUUCUAAAUGACCACAUUAAAGUAUUAACAAAAAAGUUGAUUCUACUAUUAUGCUGUGAAGAGAGAGCUCUAUAUUUCAAAUCUUAAUAUGUGAAACUUCAGAUUAAAAAACUUUCAAUAAACUUA